UUGUUGGAAAAACAAAUGGUACCAAAAUAGGCAUCAAUAAUUAGUAUGGGAAGCAGGCCACAAUGUGGUAUUUUUUAUUUUUCUUUUUUGUAGUUUUGCUUAUAAUAGUAAAUAUAUGUGUCCAAUUCUCAACAUUACCGUGGAUGAGUCGGCCAUAAAAGUGAAGCACAACCUCCAACUUAUCCGAUUAAAUUACAAUAAGGCAUGGAGAAACGAGUCGCCAUCGUGGGCGCCGGAAUCAGUGGCCUCCUGGCCUGCAAAUACGCGGCGGCGAAAGGCUUCGCUCCGACUGUUUUCGAGGAGCAAGAUCACGUGGGCGGACUGUGGAACCAUACCUUGGAGUCCACCACGCUUCAAGUUCCCAAACAGCUCUACAAGUUUUCCGACUUUCCAUGGCCUUCUUCCGUCCAAGAAAUGCUUCCCCACAACACGCAGCUCACGGAGUAUCUGCAAUCUUACGCUCGCAAAUUCCAGCUGUUGCAGUACGUGAAUUUCAAGUGCAAAGUGAUCAAUGUCGAUUACGUGGGAGAGUCGGAAAAGGAGAUGGAGUGUUGGGAUUUGUGGGGUGGAGAUGGAAAAGCCUUUGGAUCCAAAGGGAAAUGGAUUCUCAGAGUUUCCCACGCUGGAGAUGACUCCAUCAAAGAGUAUGAAGCCGAAUUCUUGGUUCUCUGCAUCGGGAGAUUCAGUGGUCUCCCCAAUGUCCCGGAGUUUGCUCCGGGAUACGGCGGCGAUGUGUUUUCCGGCAAAGUGAUGCAUUCAAUGAAUUUCGCCAACAUGGAUAAUUCUGCUGCUGCUGAGUUCAUCAAAGGAAAACGUGUCGUCGUUAUAGGAUCUGGCAAAUCAGCAGUCGACAUUGCAUUCGAGUGCGCCAAUGUAAACGGAAGAGAUAAUCCGUGCACAAUGAUCCAAAGAAGAAUCCAUUGGAUGCUGCCCCACGACGCCAAGCCAUGGGGCUUGAGUUUAGGUUUUCUGUGCUUCACUCGCUUUGCUGAGCUCAUGGUUCACAAACCCGGCGAGGGCUUCUUGUCCAGCGCCGCCGCCGCCUCCCUCACCCCGCUCCGGUGGGCUGUGAACAAGCUGGUGGAAAGCUAUCUUAAAUGGCGACUUCCCAUCAAAAAAUACGAUAUGGUUCCGACGGAAAGCUUCGUCGGAGAAGCCUCCUCUUGCCAGAUACUGUUCCUGCAGCCUAACUUCUUCGACAGAGUUGAAGAUGGGAGCAUUGUGAUGAGGAAAUCGCAGAAUUUCACCUUCUGCAAAGAGGGUCUAAUCCUCGACGGAGAAGAUCACGUCCCGUUGCAAGCCGACGUCGUCAUCUUUGCAACGGGAUAUAAAGGCGAUGAGAAGCUCAAGAACAUGUUCGCUUCCCCCACCUUUCAAAACUACGUUUUUGGAUCUCCAACCUCCAUUAUCCCUCUCUACAGACAGAUGAUCCAUCCAAGAAUCCCACAGCUGGCUGUGAUAGGCUACUCGGAGUCGCUGUCGAAUAUUUUCACAUUCGAAAUGAGGUGCAAAUGGCUGUCACAUUUUCUGGAUGGGGGAUUCACGCUGCCGAGCAUGGGAGCGAUGGAGAAGGAGGUGGAGGCGUGGGAGAAAUACAUGAAGAGGUAUGCAGGUAACAAGGAGUUUAGAAGGUCUUGCAUUGGUGGUGUUCCUAUUUGGUACAAUGAUCAAAUAUGCAGAGACAUCGGUUCUUCUCCAAGAAGAAAGAAGGGCUUUUUCUCAGAGUUGUUUCAGCCUUAUGGCCCCAUAGAUUAUCACGGGAUUUAAUUUCUUUCACUUUUUCUGUAUUGUUAUGUUUAACUACUGCUUCCAAUGUCAUGUGCGCACGUGGUUUCAUCGACAUCACAUAUAUCAAGUGAUUAAAUUCAA